AUGCCAAAGUCUUUUGUUGUUGUGCCGGCAUUGCUGGCCAGCAUUGCAAAUGUGGCCGUUGCUUUUUCCAACUCAUCAAGCAAUGAGCCUUGUGCUGCUGUCAGUGCCGCCUGGGCUGCACAGCACGCAGCGGCUCCGACAGUUACGCCCAGAGUACCUGCUCAGUUGGCCUAUGACUGCUUGAAUUCUGUGCCCCUCGGCAAGCAGGAAGCUAUUGACCUGGUCGAUUCCAUGGUGCCGUAUAUUGAAUGGCAAAGCGAUUUGGCGUACAAGGCCAACCCCCCCGCAGGCUACGACUUCCCAGCAUUCGAUGCACUUGGCAACCUUGCAAAAAUCAGGAGUAACCUCGAGGCUGAUGUUUACGCAAGCGAGUAUGCUUUUCAAUCUGCGCUGUACGAGCAGGUUUUUGGUCCGGGACAUGACGGGCACUUUGUCUAUUACCCGGACCUCUUGACUGCUGUGUUCGAAUGGACUCGCGAGAGUGCCCUUGUUUCCAUCAGCGACGACGGCUCUGCACUGCCGGCAAUCAAGUUUUAUGAGGACGUCGUUUCGGCCCCCGAGACUGCUUCUGUAGUGAAACUCAUCAACGGUCAAGACGCUGCGAAAUACCUUGAGGAAACCAUCAACAAGGCCAACUGGAACCGCGACGCCGAUUCUGCUUACAACUCCAACUUUUUCCAGCAGUCGCUGUUAGCGACGUCGGGUAGCAAGGGAAAUUUCGUAUCUGGUGGCCGUAUCCGUUACGUUUACCCAGGCGCGAACACCACUUUUACCUUUGAGAACGGCACAGAAACCACUUUUGAAAACCAUGCGACGAUCAAAAAGGCAUUAACUGACGUUGUCGAUGGCGCGUCUUUCUACGCCAAGUUUUGCAAUCCUGCUAGUCCGGGAGCUGAUGCUCCAGCAAGCACGACGAGGUCGAACAAUACUAGCCCUAGCAGACUCCUCCCUGGCUACCCUGACCCGGUCAUUAUUACCUCUGGUGGCGAAGUGAGUGGCUACUAUCUGGAAGGCGAAGGCCUCGAGGAUGUGGCCGUGAUUGUGGUACCUGAGUUCGCAGCCAACGACCCUGCCGAGUUCCAGGCUGUUGCCCGAGACUUUUACACCGCCGCACUUGCGGCGGGUAAGACUAAGCUCGUGAUCGAUUUCCAACAGAACGGAGGCGGCAGUAUCAUCCAAGGCUACGAAUUUUUCCGCCAGCUCUUCCCUGAGAUUGUCCAAGAUGGCUUCUCCCGCUGGAACGAAAACAGGGGCUUCAAGGCUAUCAGCGAAAUCGUUUCCGAUGUCGUUAAGGAUGUCGAUGUUCGCACCAGCCCUGAUGAGGAACUCAUCAGCCUUUAUACAACCGCAUACAAUUGGCGUUACGACUACAACAUCUCGAACGGCAACUUCACGUCAUAUAACGAUAAGUUCGCGCCUCAUAUUUUCCAGGAUACGCCUUACACCAACCUCAUGCGAUGGAAUCUUGACACUGACCUGACUACUUCCAACGAGACCUUUGGACUGGGCAUUGAGGUCACUGGCUACGGCAACCUCACGAACGUUACUCAGCCCUUCGCAGCCGAAAAUAUUGUCAUGUUGUACGAUGGUGUCUGCGCCUCUACUUGCACUUUAGCUUCUGAGUUCCUUAGGGCCCAGGGUAAGGUCAAGACAGUUGCAAUGGGUGGACGUCCAAAUGUCGGCCCCAUUGAGGGUGUUGGUGGUAUCAAGGGAGCUCAGGUCUUGGACUGGAGCGAUAUUUACAACACUGCCUCGUUGUUGACUAAAUAUGCCACAACCGACGAGCAAAAGGCCGCUUUUGCUCGCUAUAGCACCCUCCCUCUCAACCGCACUGUGGCUGCCGCCGUCAACGUGCGCGAUCAGGUCCUGAGACAAAACGUCGAAGACGGCAUCCCCGCACAAUACGUCAAAGAGUUGACUGAUUGCCGGCUCUACUGGACCCUCCCAAUGAUCAAGGACGUCACUGAAGUGUGGAAGGCUGCUGCCAACGCGGCUUUCAACGGAGGAAAGUGCGCCUACGGCGGGAUUGGGAAGAGAGAUGUUUCUGAGGAGGCAGAAGUGAGGCGUACGAGUUAUUUGGCUACUACUGUUCCUCAUAAGCGUGAUUUAGCAGAACGCCGCAGUAAAUCCUCUACCAAGGGCAUGCUGUGGAAGGAUAUGCACGAGCUGAAGGCUAUUAAUUAG